AUGGGGCUGGAUUACUACGCCAUCUUGGGAAUAGGGCGUAGCGCCUCGGCUAGUGCAGUAAACCUGGCCUACCGAAUCGUGGCCCGUGCGUGCCACCCAAUGCGCGGCUACUACCGUCCGGAACAAAUGCCGAUCCAAACCAUCCCGCAAUGGCGCUACUGGGAGAUGAUUGGUGAAGCGUACGAAGUGCUGUCGGAUGCGGCUCGCCGGCAAGUUUACGAUUUACAUGGCGAAGAAGGAUUGCAGACGUAUAUUGCACCAGACGGAACGGUGGGUUACACUUUUUCGGGCGAUUGCGACAGAAUUUACAGUGAAGCCAUGGCGGCGGCUCCGUCCAAUGAUCGUUCGGAGGGCGGUCGCAGUUGUGUCCCCUUCUGGGAGAAAUUAACGCUGCCGGAACCCCUGCCACCCCGCGAAUCGCUGCCUACAAUUCGCAAGUGUGCACCGAAAGUGUACAUUCUGCAUGUGACUCUGGAAGAUAUUUUCUACGGUGUGAUGAAAACCGUCGUAUACCACAAUAGCAUCACACAUAAUGGCGUAACUACUUUCGUCGAUAGAACGGUGAGUGUUCCGAUUAAGCCAGGGCUACUGCCAGGAUCCACGAUCUUGUUUGCGCAAAUGGGCGACCAGUGCGACGACCACCUACCGGGAGACGUUGUCUUUGAAGUAGCAGAAAUACCUCAUUAUCGCUUCAAACGCAUGGGACCGACAUUGUCCGCCACAUUCAACAUAUCGCUCAUGCAGGCGCUGGCCGGUGGCACGUUGACUUUGGUGGGAAUCGAUGGGAAGAUAUUGUUGGUUGAACUGGCCAAAGUGUGCACCAAUAUGCUUGCACUGUUCGACGGUGAGGGUAUGCCGGUGCUCGACGGGGUCGGCCGCGGCAAUCUGUAUGUCACAUUUUCCGUGCGUUUUCCUCGCUACAUCCCUCUCAGCGAUCGCCAACAACUCGUUCAAGUGCUGGGAAACAGUAUUUGGUGA